UGUGGACGGCAGCCGGUUACUAUAAUAUCUCUCCAGCAUCAUGGCAGCGGCGGCGGAGUGUCCCGGCACUGAUGCGGCUUUCCCGGAGACGGCAGGUGGCAGCGGGGUCCCGGGAGCUGCUGUCGGGGACAAACCCGUGUGUCUCAUCGUGCUCGGCAUGGCGGGCUCCGGGAAAACCACCUUCGUCCAGAGGCUGACGGCUCACCUGCAUUCCCUCAAAGCUCCUCCAUAUGUCAUCAACCUGGACCCCGCCGUCCACGAGGUCCCUUUCCCUGCAAACAUUGACAUCAGGGACACGGUGAACUACAAGGAGGUGAUGAAGCAGUACGGCCUCGGACCCAACGGUGGCAUCGUGACGUCACUCAACCUGUUCGCCACCCGUUUUGAUCAGGUGAUGCAGUUCAUCGAGAAGAAGCGACAGAAUCACCGGUACGUCCUGAUUGACACUCCAGGUCAGAUCGAAGUCUUCACCUGGUCGGCGUCUGGAACCAUCAUCACCGAAGCUCUGGCGUCAUCCUUCCCCUGCGUGGUGAUCUACGUCAUGGACACGUCCCGCAGCGUCAACCCCGUCACCUUCAUGUCCAACAUGUUGUACGCCUGCAGUAUCCUCUACAAGACAAAGCUGCCCUUCAUCGUGGUCAUGAACAAGACCGACAUCAUUGACCACAGCUUUGCGGUGGAGUGGAUGCAGGACUUUGAGGCUUUCCAGGACGCUUUGAACCAGGAAACCUCGUACGUGAGCAACCUGACGCGCUCCAUGAGCCUCGUGCUGGACGAGUUCUACACCAACCUGAGGGUGGUGGGCGUGUCUGCGGUGACAGGAAGUGGAUUAGACGAGCUGUUUGUGCAGGUGGAGGACGCGGCCAAGGAGUACGAGAGGGACUACCGACCCGAGUACGAACGACUCCGCAAACAGCUGACCGAUGCUCAGAGCAAGAAGCAGCAGGAGCAGCUGGAGCGGCUCCGGAAGGACCUGGGAGCCGUCGACAUGACGAACACGCCGUCCACAGACGAAGCUGACAUCGCCGGGCCCAGUGACCUCAUUAUGACACGCGGUAAUCCCGACGAGGAGGACGAGGAGGCGGUGGACAGCGACACGGAUGACAUCGACCAUGCCAUGACGCAGGAGAGCAAGGAGACCGAAGCCUUCGGAAACUUCCUGAAGGAGAGGAUGGAAGUGGUUCAGGUCCGAAACAGGAAGUGUAUGAUACCCGAGGAUCCCUGACCUCAGAGGUUUCCCUCUGCAGGACACAGACUAUUACCUGGAGCGGAUCUUCCACCGCUGACGCACCUCGUCACAGGUUCAGACACGACAAGGCGAGGGCUGAACUUCCUGUAUGAUCAGGUGACCUGAUUGGCUGCUCCUUCCAAAAAGAGAGAGAGAACUAUAUUUUUAUAUCUUCUGUUCCAUUACUGUUGGUUUUGUUUGUGAAAGUACUGAAAGGAUUUAUGGCAUGUAAAAUAAAAUGAGCUCUGACAUCA